UUGUGUUGAACAUCAGGUGCCCGUUUCCUCACAGAAAGUUUUGAAAGAAACCAACCCGAGGGAACUGUCCAGCUGAGGAGGCAUCUGAUCUGUUUGGGAGGUUUAUAUAUCCGCAAUGUCGGACGGAAAUCUUGGCCGUGGCUCGAAGAACCGGGCCACGAGCGCCGAGGCCAAGAAAACUCGACUAGCUGCUCUGGGACCCGGUGAAAACAUUAAAGAAAAGCAGCAAAAACUGAAGGAAGAGCGGGAAGCGAAGCGUGCUCAACUAGAUGACCGCCACUAUUACAUCCUGCAGACUGUCGCAGACAGCCUGGGCCUGGAGAGGUCAGAGGUCGAAGAUGCCAUCUUGGAGGGAAACCAGAUUGAGAACAUGGAACGAUUCCUUAGAGCCAAUGGUCUCAACCGCCUCCUGUUCUACUACCAGGAACCAGAGCCAGAGCGGGAACAAGCUUCGGUAGAUUUUCGCAUUCAAACCACGGACAGCCGGCGUAAAAGCACGAUUGAUCAUGUUCGUAUUGGCCCGCCGACAACGAAGACGGUCAAGUCGACCAAGCCGAAGGUGUUUCUGGCUGAUGGGAAGGAGGUACCACUUCGAGGGACGUGCCUCGUCUUCACUAAGGCACCAACAGACAAUGCUAUCACUGAACAGAACAUUUCAAAGGAUGUGAACUUCACGAUGCUCGACACCAAUGGUCAUGCUCACAAUGGCCGUGGCCUUCUACAUGCUGUGGAGAACUUACUGUCCAGUAUCUUCAUCCCGGCCCUGAAGAACCUGGAGAAAGGCUGGGGAAAGCUGGAGAAAGAUGACGCCAACGUCAGAGCUGAUUUCCUCAACUCACUUGAUGCCUUUGUGUCGGUCCUUGUAGGUGCCCAGGAGAGUCUUCAAGAGAAGGUGACCUUGAAACCAUGUGAAGGUUAUGAGGUGAGCAAGAUCCAGACGGCUGCUGAUUACCAGGCAGUGGCCAACAGCUCGGAGGCCCUGGAGGCCAUUGAAUCUUGCAUGCAUGUGUGGAUCAAACAGAUCGAGCAGGUUCUUGCCGAGAGUGAGCAGAUGAGACGAGAAGCAGACGACAUUGGGCCUCGUGCUGAGCUGGACCACUGGAAGAAACGUAUGUCAAAGUUCAACUAUCUUCUGGAUCAGAUCAAAGGCUCUGAAGUCAAGUCCGUCCUUGGUGUUCUUCAUGCAGCCAAGUCAAAAUUGAUCAAGGUCUGGCAGGAGCUUGACAGACGUAUCACAGACACAGCCAAUGAGGCAAAGGACAAUGUGAAGUUCCUCUACACUCUGGAGAAGUUCUGUGACCCACUCUACAACAGUGACCCUGUGGGCAUGUUGGAAGGUAUCCCUGGCCUCAUCAACGCAAUCCGUAUGAUCCACAGCAUCUCACGCUACUACAACACCUCGGAGAGGAUGACGUCGCUCUUUGUCAAGAUAACCAACCAGAUGAUCACUGCGUGCAAGGAGUACAUCACUGACCUUCACCGAGACACCAUCUGGUCUCAGCCUCAGGCCCAGGUUGUCGUCAAACUACACGACUGUAUCAAGCUGAACGUUGACUACCACCAUUUCCAUAAGACCAAGGAAAAGCUGGAGAAGAUGCCACAGGAACGCCCAUUUGACUUCUCUGAGAUGUACAUCUUUGGCAAGUUUGACACUUUCACACGGAGGUUGACAAAGAUCAUUGAGAUGUUUGAAACAAUGGACAUGUACUCCCAUCUGGCAGAGUCUAAGAUUGAAGGUCUGGAGAUCAUGGCCAACAAGUUCAGUGUCAUCGUGACAGCCAUGAAGAAGAAGUCCUAUGACUACCUGGACCAGAGGAAGAUGGAGGUGGACCAGGACUUUGAGGAAUUCAAGCGCCAGAUCUCAGAACUCCAUUCUGGAAUCGUGAGCUUCAUGGACGGCAAGUUUGAUCGUAUCUCAAACACUGCGAGGGCACUGCUGCUGCUGAGGAAGUUUGAGCGCCUGGACAUCCCCAACCUUGGCAUCCAGGAGAAGUACCAGCGCAUCCUCAACCACUAUGGCCGAGACAUCGAGAUGGUGGCUCGUCUGUACCAGAAGAACAAGAGUGAUCCUCCAGUAGCCAGAGACCUGCCACCAGUUGCUGGAAAGAUCUCGUGGGCUCGUCAGUUGUACCGCCGUAUCCAGGAGCCGAUGGAGGUCUUCCAGGAACAUGCUACCAUCCUGCAGGGUCCCGAGGCCAAGAAAAUCAUCAAGAGCUUCAACAAGCUGGCUAAAGUCUUGCUGGAGUUUGAAGUCCUGUACCACCGAGGAUGGAUCAGACAGGUUGAGGCAGCCAAGUCCGGCCUCCAUGCUUCGCUGUUGGUCCGCCAUCCAGAGUCAAAGGAGCUGUACGUCAACUUUGACUCCCAAAUUCUGACCAUGAUAAGAGAGACAGAGUGCAUGAGUCGACUCGGUCUGGAGAUCCCGCCAGCCGCCCGGACCAUGAGAGCCAGACAGAUGGAGUACAAGGACAACUAUAAUGCCCUUCAGAUGAUGCUGGAGGAGAAUAAGAGAGUUCUGGGAAAGAUUCCUGCUGCCUUUGAGCUGCUGAUGGGACUCCAUGUUGCCAAAGUGGAUGAUACAAUUGAACCAGGGGUGACAACUCUGACAUGGACGUCCAUCAACAUCCAUGACUAUGUGGAUGACGUGUACAAGUCUCUGGCAGAACUGGAACUUCUCAUGGACAGAGCGCAUGACUUGACGGAAUUCCGUAUUGACGCCAUACUGCGAGACAUGGCCAUGACAACCCUGUGUGAACUUCCUGACGAUGAACCCUGGACUGUGGACCACUUCUUGGAGAAUACACAGAUCCUGUGUGCGAAGGGAGCACAGAUCCUGCAGACCAAGAGUCAGACUGUGGAGGAGGCGGCCAAUGAGCUGAUCAACAUGCUGUGCAACUCAGAGCCCGAGGAGACUGAAGAAGAGGAGGAGGAAGAGGAGGAACCUGAGGAAGAUGCUGAUGGAAAAAGCCAUGAUGGCUCUCCACGGGAGUCUCGCAUGUCGCACACCGGCAGCAAGCGAUCUCGUCCUCUGUCCUCCAAGGCCCUCAACGUGGCCAAGAAGAAGCGAGAGAUGAGGGAGAACAUCGAGGAGUCGGCCAUGGAGCUGCUCAUUCACUUCAACAACCGCAACCUGGACGCCCUCCUACGUUGUGUCCGCAACACCCUGGAGGCUCUACGGAAGAGGAUCUCCUCCAGCUCCAUCUCUCACUAUAUGACUGACACAUCGGUGUUUGGAGACAAGCGAGACAGUCGUCCCUUCUACCGAACGUAUGCCACGCUGCAGAUUCCCAACAUCACCAUGCAGCCUGCGUUGGACGAGGUCCAGCAGGCUCUGAACAAAGCUGUACAGAACAUUAUCUGUGUCAGCAAGGGUGUGGCUCAGUGGAGCAAGGAACGCAAGCGUGUGGUCAAACCAGCCCAGACCGAGCGUUCUGGAUCAGUCACUGGUGACUACUCCCACGAGAGGAGAGGCAGCGUAGCUAGCCAGGCCCCGUCUGAGGGUUCCCACCCUGAGCGCAAGGGUCGUGGGGAGGGAGAGACUGCACCCAGCAAUCUGGUGAUUCAACAGCAAACCAAGAAUUACUUCAAGAGCGUGUCGGACAACAAGGACAUUGCCAAACUGGCGUCCCUCCUGUCCACAUCCAUCAACUCUACCAAGAAGGAGGUGACAACAGCUCUGGACAAGUUCUCACACUACCAUGCCAUCUGGGAGUGUGACCGUGAUGAGGACCUCAACGAGUUCAUGAAAGACGAUCCCAAACUGUCAGAGUUUGAGGCAAAGAUAAAACACUUCGAAGAACAAGAGGUUCGGAUCAACAACGAGCCUGAGUACUAUGAUGUGGGUGCCAUCGCUCUCUAUACAGAGAAGCUGAAACUGGGCUUGACUACAGAGACCAAAGCAUGGCGCCUUCACUAUGGUAAAGCUUGCAACACCAAGUACCGGGAUGAAAUGGAGAAUAUCUUCACCUUCAUUGAUGAUUCGCAGAAGAGGCUGACCCGACCAAUCAAAGACCUGGAUGACAUUAGGUUUGCAAUGGCUAUCCUGAAGGAGAUCCGGGAGCGGGAGAUCAUGAUUGACAUGAGCAUUGGACCCAUUGAGGAAUCGUAUGCGAUGCUGAACAAGCACGAGCUCCCAGUCGUGAAGGAGGAGACGGAGAGAUGUGACACACUGCGGUACUCCUGGGAGAAGCUGAACACACAGUCUGCAGAGGUUCAGACCCAUCUGCUGACCAUACAGCCCGAGUUCAAGUCUGAACUGGUGGAGAACGUCAAGAUCUUCGAGCAAGAAACAGCAGACUUCUACCAUGGUUAUGACACGACCGGACCGAUGGUUGCUGGAGUUGCCCCACGUGAGGCGUCUGACCGACUCAUCAUCUUCCAAAACCAGUUUGACACCCUCAACAGGAAGUUUGUCACCUACUCUGGAGGUGAGGAGCUGUUCGGUCUCCCUGUAACGGACUACCCGGAGCUGGUCCGCAUCAGGAAGGAACUGAAUCUUCUCCAGAAGCUGUACGGCCUCUACAAUGACGUCAUCGACACCGUACAUGGGUACUACGACAUCAACUGGCAGGACGUCAACAUAGAUAAGAUCAAUACUGAACUUCAGGAGUUCCAAAACAGAUGCCGCAAGCUGCCACGUGCCCUGAAAGACUGGCAAGCUUUUGAGGAUUUGAAACAGACAAUUGACGACUUCAACGAGAUGGUGCCAUUACUUGAACUGAUGGCCAACAAGUCCAUGCAGCCUCGUCACUGGAAACGUAUGUCAGACACCACGGGUCACAUGUUCGACGUCGAGGGUGAGAACUUCACGCUCAGGAACAUCCUUGAGGCACCGCUGCUGCAGUUCAAGGAAGACAUUGAGGACAUCUGUAUAUCAGCGGCUGAAGGGCUCAUCAGUGACUGGGGACACCAGGAUUUCACCUUCGGCAACUUCAAGAACCGAGGCGAGCUCCUCCUCCGAGGUGACACAACCUCCGAGAUCAUCGUCCUCAUGGAGGACUCUCUCAUGGUGCUCAGCUCGCUGCUUAGCAACCGUUACAAUGCUCCCUUCAAGCCGAAGAUUCAGACAUGGGUUCAGAACUUGACAAACUCGUCUGAGAUCAUUGAGAACUGGAUGACAGUACAGAACCUCUGGGUCUACCUGGAGGCCGUGUUUGUUGGUGGUGACAUCGCCAAACAGCUGCCCAAGGAAGCUAAGAGGUUCAGCAACAUUGACAAGUCGUGGGUGAAGAUCAUGACGCGUGCCCACGAGACGCCCAACGUUGUGACGUGUUGUGUUGGAGAUGAGACUCUGAUGCAGCUCUUGCCUCAUCUGCUGGAGCAGCUGGAACUCUGCCAGAAGUCUCUCACUGGUUACCUGGAGAAGAAGCGUUUGUCAUUCCCACGAUUCUUCGUCUCCGACCCUGCCUUGCUGGAGAUCCUGGGUCAGGCCAGUGACCCCCACACCAUCCAGGCUCACCUGCUGUCUGUCUUCGACAACAUCAAGACAGUCAAGUUCCACGAGAAGAACUACGACCUUAUCUUGUCAGUGGCCUCAUCAGAAGGAGAAACCAUUGAGCUGGAGAAGCCUGUGAAGGCGGAGGGCAAUGUGGAGGUGUGGCUGAUGGCGUUGAUGCAGAUGGCUCACCGCUCCGUCCAUGGCGUCAUCAGACAGGCAGCCAUGGCCAUACAAGACCCCAGCUUUCAACUCUUGGAGUUCCUCAACAUGUUCCCAGCUCAGGUUGGUCUUCUCGGCAUCCAAAUGAUCUGGACACGUGAUGCCACAGAGGCCUUGACCCACGCCAAGUACGACAAGAAGAUCAUGCAGCAGACCAAUAACGCGUUCCUGGAGCUGCUGAACACUCUCAUUGCCCAGACCACCAUGGAUCUCAAGAAGAUCGAGAGAACCAAGUUUGAGACUCUCAUCACUAUCCACGUCCAUCAGAGAGACAUCUUUGAGGAUCUGUGUCGUCAACACAUCAAGUCUCCGACAGACUUUGAGUGGCUGAAGCAGUCUCGCUUCUACUUCAUCGAGGACCAGGAUAAAUGUCUCAUCUCCAUCACAGAUGUGGACUUCAUGUACCAGAAUGAGGUCCUCGGCUGCACUGAGAGACUGGUCAUCACCCCCCUCACUGACAGGUGUUACAUCACACUGGCGCAGGCUCUGGGCAUGUCCAUGGGUGGUGCCCCGGCUGGUCCUGCCGGUACAGGGAAGACGGAGACAGUUAAAGACAUGGGCAGGUGUCUCGGCAAGUACGUCGUCGUCUUCAAUUGUUCAGAUCAGAUGGACUUCCGAGGUCUGGGACGUAUCUACAAAGGUCUGGCCCAAUCUUUGCUGUGGGGAUGUUUUGCUGUCGACCUGCCAGUGUUGUCUGUGGCAGCUCAGCAGAUUGCCAUUGUGCUCGCCUGUAAGAAGGAGCGCAAGAAGAACUUCAUCUUCACCGAUGGCGACAAUGUCGACAUGAACCCAGAAUUUGGAAUCUUCUUGACAAUGAACCCUGGUUACGCUGGACGACAAGAGCUCCCUGAAAAUCUAAAGAUCAACUUCCGUACUGUGGCCAUGAUGGUGCCGGAUCGUCAGAUCAUCAUCCGUGUUAAACUUGCUGCAGUCGGCUUCAUGGACAACAUAAUCCUGGCCCGCAAGUUCUACACCCUGUACAAACUGUGUGAGGAGCAGCUCACUAAACAGGUUCACUAUGACUUCGGACUGCGUAACAUCCUGUCUGUGCUGAGAACACUGGGAACAGUGAAACGCCAGUCCCCCGAGGACACUGAGCAGACGAUCGUGAUGAGAGUUCUGCGAGACAUGAACCUGUCUAAACUGGUUGACCAGGAUGAACCUCUCUUCCUGUCUCUCAUUAACGAUUUGUUCCCUGGCAUCACACUGGACAAAGCAGGAUACCCGGAACUGGAGGCGGCCAUUGCAAAGAAUGUUGAGGACGCCAAGUUGGUCUGUCACCCGUCAUGGACUCUGAAACUCAUCCAGUUAUUCGAGACCCAAAGGGCUCACGGCAUGAUGGCGCUGGGACCUAGUGGCGCUGGCAAGACGUGCUGCAUCCACAUGUUGAUGAAGGCCAUGACCGACAAUGGAGAACCCCACAAGGAGUGGAGGAUGAACCCCAAGGCCAUCACAGCCCCACAGAUGUUUGGUCGUCUCGAUGUCGCCACCAACGACUGGACAGAUGGUAUCUUCUCCACUCUCUGGAGGAGGACUACAAGAGUCAAGAAAGGAGAACAUUUGUGGCUGGUGCUUGAUGGCCCGGUUGAUGCCAUCUGGAUUGAGAACUUGAACUCUGUAUUGGAUGACAACAAGACCUUGACCUUGGCCAAUGGUGACAGAAUCCCGAUGGCCCCAAACUGCAAGAUCAUCUUUGAGCCUCACAACAUCGAUAACGCUUCCCCUGCGACAGUGUCCAGGAAUGGCAUGGUGUACAUGAGCAGCUCGGGUCUCCACUGGCAGCCGAUAUUGGAGGGCUGGCUGAACAACCGUCCUAACUAUGAGCGUGAUAUCAUCUUGACUCUGUUUGAGAACUCCUUCCCUGCUCUGUAUCGCUAUGCCACACAGAACCUUGUCUUCAAGAUGGACAUGCUGGAGGCCUUUGUAAUCACCCAGUGCACAAAGCUGCUGUCCGGGCUGAUUCCAGUGAAGGACGAGAAGGAGGGGAUGCAGAUCACGCGGGAGCACUACGAGAAGCUGUAUGUGUUCACGCUCAUGUGGAGCAUCGGCGCCCUGCUGGAGCUGGAUGAUAGGUACCGGAUGCAGGAGUGGCUCCGGAACCACGAGGAAAUCAAACUGAAUCUCCCUGACAUCCCCUCCGACGCUGACUACACCAUGUUUGAUUACAUGGUCGACACCAAUGGGAGCUGGGUGCACUGGAACUCCAAGGUGACGGACUUCUUGUACCCGACUGACCACGAGCCCGAGUACUGCAACAUCCUGGUCCCUAUGGUGGACAAUGUAAGGACAGAGUUCCUCAUCCACACCAUCGCCAAGCAGGGUAAAGCUGUGCUGUUGAUUGGUGAACAGGGAACAGCGAAGACUGUGAUGAUCAACAACUACCUCAACCAGUACAACCCAGAGGAACAUGUCGGGCAGUCACUCAACUUCUCCUCUGCCACAACACCUUACAUGUUCCAGAGAACCAUCGAGAGCUACGUGGACAAGAGAGUUGGUUCUACAUAUGGUCCCCCUGCUGGCAAGAAGAUGACAGUGUUUAUUGAUGACGUCAACAUGCCAGUCAUUAACGAGUGGGGCGACCAGGUUGCUAACGAGAUUGUGAGACAACUGAUGGAGAAUGGUGGCUUUUAUAACCUGGAGAAACCUGGGGACUUCACCAACAUCGUGGAUGUCCAGUUCCUGGCAGCCAUGAUCCAGCCAGGAGGCGGCCGUAACGACAUUCCUCAACGUCUGAAGCGACAGUUUGCCAUUUUCAACUGUUCACUACCCUCCAACCCCUCCAUUGACAAGAUAUUCAAUGUCAUUGGUUGUGGCCACUACUGCAAAGAGCGUGGCUUCUCAGAAAGUGUCCAGACGCUGGUGAAGCAUCUUGUCCCAGUCACAAGAAGGCUCUGGCAGCUCACAAAGAUCAAGAUGUUGCCGACCCCAGCCAAGUUCCACUACAUCUUCAACUUGAGAGAUCUGUCUCGCAUCUGGCAAGGCAUGCUAAACACGACCUCUGCUGUCAUCAAAUCAGAGGAGAACGUCAUGGCGCUGUGGAAACACGAGUGUUCUAGGGUCAUCUCAGACAGAUUUACAGGAGUGGAAGAUUUGCAAUGGUUUAUGAAGACAAUGAGUCGUGUUGCAUCAGAGGAACUCGGGGAGCAUUUCCCUGCAAUGAUUGAACGCAGUGACUAUUUUGUUGACUUUAUGAGGGAUGCUCCAGAGGCAACUGGAGAUGAACCAGAUGAUGCAGACUUUGACAUGCCGAAGGUUUACGAGGCAGUGGAGUCUCUGGAAGCUCUUGAAGAACGCCUCAACUUCUUCCUGCAACAGUACAAUGACAGUAUCCGUGGUGCUGGUAUGGACCUGGUGUUCUUCAAGGAUGCCAUGACACAUCUGGUGAAGAUCUCCCGUAUCAUCCGAACCCCCCGUGGCCACGCCCUCCUUGUCGGUGUGGGUGGAUCGGGCAAGCAGUCUCUCACCAGACUGGCAUCAUUCAUUGCUGGAUAUAAGACCUUCCAGAUAACCCUAACAAGGUCGUACAACAUGUCGAACCUGCUGGAGGACCUGAAGUACCUGUACCGCACUGCAGGUCAGCACGGCAAGGGCAUCACCUUCAUCUUCACCGACCAGGAGAUCAAGGACGAGGGCUUCCUGGAGUACCUCAACAACAUGCUGUCGUCUGGAGUGGUGGCAAACUUAUUUGCCAGAGAUGAAAUUGAUGAGAUUCGUGGUGACCUCAUUCCCAUCAUGAAGAAAGAGUUUCCACGACGACCACCAUCCAAUGAGAACCUAGAUGAGUACUACCUGUCCCGUGUCCGUAACAACCUCCACGUGACACUCUGCUUCUCUCCUGUUGGUGAAAAGUUCCGACAGAGGUCGCUGAAGUUCCCUGGUCUGAUCUCGGGCUGCACGAUGGACUGGUUCCAACGAUGGCCCAAGGAUGCUCUCAUUGCUGUGGCUGACCACUUCCUCUCCAACUUUGACAUCGAAUGUAGUGCAGACGUCAAGAAGCAGGUCAUUUACACCAUGGGCACCAUCCAUGAUGGUGUCGCGGAGAGCUGUGUCAGCUACUUCCAGAGAUACCGACGUGCAACUCACGUAACACCCAAGUCAUACCUGUCCUUCAUCAAUGGCUACAAGAGCAUCUACUUUGAGAAGAAAACUGAAGUGGGUGAACUGGCUCAGAGAAUGAACACAGGUCUGGAGAAGCUGAUUGAGGCAUCUUUAGCUGUCGCAGAACUCAGCAAGGAGUUGGCAGUGAAAGAGAAGGAGCUUGCUGUUGCCAACGACAAGGCUGAGAAGGUUCUGAAGGAAGUGACAGUCAAGGCACAGGCUGCUGAGAAGGUGAAAGAACAAGUUCAGAAGGUCAAAGACAAAGCUCAAGCCAUUGUAGAUGUGAUUGAGAAGGACAAGGCAAUAGCUGAGGGCAAGCUGGAGGCAGCCAGACCAGCCCUGGAGGAGGCUGAGGCGGCACUCAACACCAUCAAGCCUGCUGACAUUGCCACAGUGAGGAAGCUGGGUAGGCCUCCACAUCUCAUCAUGAGGAUCAUGGACUGUGUGCUACUGCUGUUCCAGGGGCGGCUGGAGACCAUCAGACAGGAUGUGGACAAGCCAGAGUUCAAUAAGCCUUCCUGGGGGGAGUCUCUGAAGAUGAUGGCUGGCACGGGCUUCCUGCAGUCCCUGAUCACCUUCCCCAAAGACACCAUCAACGAUGAGACUGUCGAGCUGUUGUCUCCGUACUUUUCUUCCGAGGAUUACACCAUGGAAACUGCCAAGAAAGUGUGUGGCAAUGUUGCAGGUCUAGCUGCAUGGACUAAAGCCAUGGCCUCCUUCUUUUCCAUCAACAAAGAGGUGUUGCCACUGAAGGCAAAUCUGGUGGUGCAAGAGGCAAGACUUCAGGUUGCUAUGGGAGAUUUGCAGAAGGCCCAGGAGCAACUGGAUGCUAAGGAGGCAGAGCUGGCCAUUGUCAGGGCGCAGUAUGACAAGGCAAUGAGCGAGAAACAGGCCCUCAUGGAUGAUGCCGAGACAUGCAGACGCAAGAUGAAUGCCGCGUCUGCUCUCAUCAAUGGCCUGGCUGGGGAGAAGGAGAGAUGGACAGAGCAGAGCAAGGAGUUCAAGGCUCAGAUCGGAAGACUGGUGGGCGAUGUGUUGGCCUGCACAGCCUUCCUGUCGUACUCGGGGCCCUUCAACCAGGACUACCGGUCUCUGCUCAACAAGGAGUGGAUGAAGGAGAUGAAGACGAGGAAGAUCCCCUACUCCGCCAACCUCAACACCACCACCAUGCUCACAGACCCAACAACGGUGGCUGAGUGGAAUCUUCAGGGACUUCCUAACGAUGAGUUGUCAGUCCAGAACGGUAUCAUCGUCACCAAGGCGGCUCGCUACCCACUACUGAUAGACCCCCAGGGCCAGGGCAAGAUCUGGAUCAAGAACAGGGAGAGCAAGAACGAGCUGCAGAUCACCUCCCUUAAUCACAAGUACUUCCGUACACAUCUUGAAGACUCCAUGUCUCUGGGCAGACCACUGCUUCUUGAAGACAUAGGAGAAGAGCUGGAUCCUGCCCUUGACAAUGUCCUUGAGAAGAACUUCAUCAAAGUCGGGUCCACCCUCAAGGUGAAGGUUGGAGACAAAGAGUGUGACAUCAUGAAGGGUUUCACGCUGUACAUAACAACAAAGCUGCCCAAUCCCGCCUACACACCCGAGAUAUCGGCCCGAACUUCCAUCAUUGAUUUCACUGUCACCAUGAAAGGUCUGGAGGACCAGCUCCUAGGACGCGUCAUCCUGACAGAGAAAGUGGAGCUGGAGAGUGAACGAGUGAAGCUGAUGGAGGAGGUGACGGCCAACAACAAGAAAAUGAAGGAGCUCGAGGACAACCUGCUGUUCCGACUCACCAGCACACAGGGUUCCCUGGUCGACGAUGAAGACUUGAUCAAUGUGUUGAACGUCACGAAGACCACAUCACAAGAUGUCCGCCAGAAACUUCAGAUUGCAGAGGAGACAGAGCUGAAGAUCAACACUGCCCGAGAAGAGUUCCGUCCUGUGGCCACCAGGGGUAGCAUCUUGUACUUCUUGAUAGUAGAGAUGAGUCUCGUCAAUGUCAUGUACCAGACAUCCCUACGACAGUUCCUCAACAUCUUUGACUUGUCCAUGAAAAAGUCACAAAAAUCUCCCAUCACACAGAAGAGAAUCACCAACAUCAUUGAAUACAUGACCUUUGAGGUUUUCAAGUAUGCUGUACGUGGUUUGUAUGAAACAGACAAGAUGACCUUCACCUUGCUGUUAGCUCUGAAGAUUGACCUUCACUGCAACAAAAUCAAGCAUGAAGAGUUCUCCACGCUUAUCAAAGGUGGUGCAUCCCUGGAUCUGAACGUGGUUCAGCCGAAACCUCACAAGUGGAUCAUCGACCUGACCUGGCUGAACCUGGUAGAGCUGAGCAACCUCCACCAGUUCUCUGGGAUCCUGGAACAGGUAACUCGUAAUGAGAAACAAUGGCGACAGUGGUUUGACAAAGAUGCUCCAGAAGAAGAGGUGAUCCCAGACGGCUACAACAACUCACUGGACGUGUUCCGACGUCUGCUGCUGGUGAGGUCAUGGUGUCCAGACCGAACACUGUCCCAGGCCAAGAACUACAUCGGAGACACACUAGGACAGAAGUAUGCUGAGGGGGUGAUCCUGGACAUCGAGAAGAUGUGGGAGGAGAGUGUCUGCCGCACGCCCAUGGUGUGUCUGCUGUCCAUGGGGUCAGAUCCGACCAACAACAUUGAGGCACUGGCCAAGAAGUUCAGGCUAGAAUACCGGGCUAUAUCCAUGGGCCAGGGCCAGGAAGUACAUGCUCGACGCAUGAUGGCACAAGGAACACAAAAUGGUGGCUGGCUCCUGCUGCAGAACUGUCAUCUCAGUCUGGACUUUGUGGAGGAGGUGAUGGACACCAUCAUAGAGACCGAGAACAUUCAUGAAGAGUUCCGUCUGUGGGUCACCACCGAGGUGCCCAAGUUCCCGAUCAGCUUCCUCCAGAUCGCCAUCAAGUUCACCAUGGAGCCUCCCCAGGGUAUCAAGGCGGGUCUGAAGCGAACCUAUGCCAGUAUGACCCAGGAUUACCUGGACAUCUCCAACAUGCCACAGUGGAAGCCGAUGCUGUACGGUGUCUCCUUCCUCCAUACCACAGUGCAGGAACGCAGGAAGUUUGGUCCUCUUGGAUGGAAUAUCCCGUACGAGUUCAACGCCUCUGACUUCAACGCUAGUGUACAGUUUGUGCAGAACCAUCUGGAUGACAUGGACAUCAAGAGGGGUGUCAACUGGACUUGUGUGCGCUACAUGCUAGGUGAGAUCCAGUAUGGCGGUCGAGUCACUGACGACUUUGACAAGCGCCUCCUGAACACUUUCUGCAAAGUUUGGUUCGGGGAGAUCAUGUUCACUCCUGCCUUCAACUUCUACAAAGGCUACGUCAUCCCCAAGUGCGCCAAGCAUAAUGACUACAUGGAGUACAUCAACAACCUGCCCAUCAAGGACACGCCAGAGGCCUUCGGACUACACAGCAAUGCUGACAUCACCUACCAGAGCAGCACAGCCUCCAACAUCCUGGACACCAUCCUCCAAAUCCAGCCCAAGGACAGCAGCGGCGGCACAGGUGAAACCCGCGAAUCCAUCGUCUACCAUCUCUGUGACGACAUGUUGGACAAACUACCGCCUGACUAUAUCCCGUUUGAGGUCCAGAACCGACUCCAGAAAAUGGGCAUCCUGCAGCCGAUGAACAUCUUCCUUAGGCAGGAGAUUGACAGGAUGCAGAAAGUCAUCACGUUGGUGCGCCUGACCUUGACUGACCUCAAGCUGGCCAUUGAUGGUACUAUCAUCAUGAGCGAGGCCUUGAGAGAUGCCUUGGACUCCAUGUAUGAUGCCAGGAUUCCCAAGGCUUGGCAGAAGAUAUCCUGGGACUCCAGCACUCUUGGCUUCUGGUUCACGGAACUCAUCGACCGCAACAGUCAGUUCAACACCUGGUGUUUCGAUGGCAGACCAAACACGUUCUGGAUGACUGGCUUCUUCAACCCACAGGGAUUCCUCACUGCUAUGAGACAGGAAGUGACACGUGCCCACAAAGGAUGGGCCUUGGACACCGUCAUCCUCCAUAACGACGUCACCAGGUACAACCGGGACGAUGUGACUACGCCACCAACAGAAGGCGUGUAUGUGUACGGUCUGUACCUGGAGGGUGCUGGCUGGGACCGCAGAGGAAGCAAGCUGAUUGAACCCAAGCCUAAGGUGCUGUUUGAGCAGAUGCCAGUGAUUCACAUCUACGCCAUCAACAGCACGUCGGGGACAACGGAUACACGCAUGUACUACUGUCCCAUCUACAAGAAACCACGGCGUACAGAUCUCACAUACAUUGCCGGCGUUGUCCUCAAGACGAACCAGCCCCCAGAUCACUGGGUGUUGCGUGGUGUGGCCCUUCUCUGUGACAUCAAAUAAACAUUCUUUACAGACUUUACAUGAGGAGAAAUGUGAUCUGACUUUACAACUUCUAGGUAUUAUGAAUAGUCCUAGCUUAAGAUUUACCAUAUUUCUUAUCAUCAAAAUAUUUUCUGUUAUUGGAAAAUGGUCUUGAUUCAUGUGUAUUCAAAUAUUACCUUGCUUUGUAUAGAAAACAUAUCAAACUUUGGUAGUUUAAUAAACCUGCUUGCUAAGACUCUUUUCUGACAGUUCUUUGGAACAGUGUUAUGUGUGCCCUUAGACACAGUCAAGAGCUGGUUAUAGUGCUCUAAAAUUACCACUGGAGCAAAUGUAGACUUCAGCUUAUGUGAAAACUGGUUAGGGAAAUCCUUUUACUUCUAAUCAUGGAUGAACAGCUAUAUGCAUUGUCUAUUGUGCUUGGUAGGUUUUAUCCAUUUGAUCAAAUUGAUACUUAAUAGUACAACCAGUUUCUGAUUUCUGUAGUAUUUUUUGUGUAGAUAAUUAAUUUUGAUUUGAAAAUGAGCCUUUUAAGAAGGCCUACAGUGUUCCAGUUCUGACCUGAUCAUAGAAUAUUGCAUUCAGUUGUCACACUGUUUUAGUCCGUCCAAGUUUCACUGCACAGAUAUUCUUUUGUUGUGAAUCUUUACUAAGAGUCAUCUAUUUUCUUGAUACAAAUGAUUGGUAUUAGUAUCCUGUGAAUAUUUAUUUGAAGAGUCCACUGUACCUACUUUCAGUAUAUCUGAGAGCCCCUUCACACUGUGAUAAUAUAUUUACAUACAUUUACUGUGUGUCUAGCUGGUACAUAGAGUAUCAAAGAUAGUGCUUCUACUAAUGUAUAUGGGUGGGUUGUGACAUGCAUUCAAUCUACAAUAGAGCAAUGUUCUAACACACAUACACCCACAAUAUAAUAUCUUUGUGUUUGUUAGGCAAGACCAUUUUUUGUUUUAUUUUAUAGAUAAGCCUUUCCUAAAAGUGAAAAUGAAAAGAAUAUAUGAUCACAAUGUUUUAUUAAGUUUGAAUAUUUGGGUUUUUUGUUUAAGAUUCAUUAAUAAGAAAUAAAAAAAUGUUCUUGUCUGACCAUUGAUUAGUUAUUCUAAAAGUACUAUGACAGAUAUGUAGCUUUAGUUUUGUAACAGGUUUGUAGCAUUUUACAUUCUUCAUAGUGAUUGUGAUACAACUUCUUGCAAUAAUAUCCAGCAAAGUGAUAUUUAUUCAGCAUGUGUAAUAACAGAUUUCCCAAACAGUAUUUCAGUUUUAUGUAACUUCAGUAUUCAACCUGACAUUCUUCAUCCACACCUGAUGAAGUUCCUAGUCCAGAGUUGUCUCCCUUGGCUGUAUUCCCUGUAGGAUGUGUUUACAACGAACUGUGAUAAUGAAUCUGUCUUGAUUUGAUUGGCUGAUAUAUUUUAAUAUUUAUUGUCCUGUACAGAAUUGUUAUUUCUUAUACCUGUUUAGUUUCAUCCGAAUGUUCCAUACAUCCAUGUUUAUUUUCUGUCUAUAGUUUAUGGAAUAAAAUACUUUCAUAACUAA